AUGCGCCCAUCCCUCGCAUCUGGAUCGCUGAAUGACGGGGCCCGCCACGCGUUCAUACCCACCAGUGAGGCCACCACCACCGCUGCGGCCAUCCGGUGGGCGGCCGCGCGUGUGUCUGUCGCGCCCCUUGCGCUCCCCUCGCCUGAGCACGAGCUCACUGACCCCAUGCGUGGUGCGAUUGCCACAAUACCCGGAUCGCAUCCCUCGGACCACGCGUACCUGUCCCAUUCUGAACCCAUGACCGCUUCUCCGGGCAUCGCACGGAAGUCGCGUCUGAGCAGCUUCUGGCGGGGAACGCAGGACAUCGAGGACCACCGGCGCUUGCCGACGAUCGAGCAGAGCCCUCCCGAGGAGACUGACGAGGAGCCGCUCACAUUCCGGCCAGAGGGGAUCGCGCUCGGUGCAGAUGGCGAGGAGCAAGAGGGCGUUGGUAGGAAGUUUCCCUUGUCGAUGCCUCCCGCUCCACCUGCCACCGCGCCCAUCAAGUACAACUCCGAGUCGCUUGAAGAGGACUAUUUUGGUGCGUUGGAACCUUCGCGGACAAGUAGUUUCUCGACGGUCGCGAGCGACCUCCCUGCACGCACACUCGCGCGCCAGGACCACCCGGAGCGGCAGAUCUCUGCCCCGCCUUUCGACCCGGAUCCAAUGACGGUCCCGGCGCUCCCGCGGCGGAUCUGCCUCACGCGCCAGACGUCCGCGCCGCUCCCGACCGCGUCGCUGUACGAGCGUCGUGUGCGCUCGACGCGCCCCGUCUCGGAGACGUUUGUGUCGAACCUCGCGGGCCGCGCGGCGAAGGAGGAACACAUGUUUUUGGAACUGGGCUACCUUGCCCCGCCGAACCCCCCGGAUGAGCUCGAGCGCCGGCGAGCGCUGUACAAGUUCAACAUCUGGGGCACGGGGCGCGAUCCGAACUUUGACCGCAUAGCGCAUCUGGUGAAGCUGGUCUUCAACACCAAGAUCGUCGCGAUGUCGCUCAUUGACGGGACGGAGGAGUUUUUCAAAUCGGAGUCCGGGCUGGAUGCACAGAUCGUGCCGAGGACGAGCUCGUUCGACGCGCAUGCAAUCUUGCAGAGGGACGACGAGUGCACCGUUGUUCUCGAUGCGCAGGAUGACUGGCGAUUUGCCAAGAAUCCCCUUGUGGUAGGGAAGCCGCACAUCAGGUUCUACGCCGGCUGCCCGCUUAGGACACAAGAUGGGUUCAACAUCGGCGCGUUGUCAAUCAUCGACGACACACCCCGAAGAGAGUUCAGUCCACGCCAGAGGCAUACACUCAAGGAGUUUGCACAAAUUGCGAUCCGAGAGCUAGAACUGUGGAAGGAUAAAAUCCAAUUGCGCAUUAGAGAUCGCAUUCAGAGCUCAAUGGAGCAAUUUACACGGGAAUGCCUAGACCUAGACAAGGAAGCGGAUAGCGACAAGGGCCUCUUCGUUGGCACGUCGAUGGAGCAAGUCUACGAGCGCGCCGCGCGCCUCGUCAAGCGCACACUCGACGUCGAAGGCUCGAUCGUCCUCGACGUAUCCCACGUGGACGUGUUGGACACUGUCGGUGCGGAGAGCACGAUGUCGAUCACGUUGCACAGCGCGGACAAGCAGACCGGCACGGCAACGACCACCAAGUCGCUCAGUCGGGAAGAAUACGCGCGUCUAGAGGAGUUCUUCACGAAAAAUCCGGAAGGGAAGGUCUGCGAGGGUAUCGUGCCUACUACGCUGCGACCGUUCUUGCCGACGCCCAUCCAGUAUGCGCUGGCUGUGCCUAUCUUCAAUAUCGACAAGCAGCCGUUCGCGCUGUUGUGUGCGUUCAGUACGGGGGAGCGGACUACGCCUUUUCUGGAAGGCCACGAGCUUUCGUAUCUGCGAGCGAUUGGCGUCAUCAUUCUGUCGGCUGUGCUCAAACGCAGGAUGAUCUUGGCGGAUAAAUCGAAGAGUCUGUUCAUUUCUAACAUAUCGCAUGAGCUGCGGACACCGCUGCAUGGUAUUCUUGCUUCUGCCGAGCUACUCUCGGACACGCGGUUGGAUCAUAGCCAGCAGUCUUUCCUACAGACUGUACAGGCAUGUGGAACUUCUCUUGUAGAGACAGUCAACCAUGUACUCGACUUCACCAAGCUCAGCGGUAAUUCCAAGUCUGGUGGGGUAGAGCAUGUCAUACAGCACAGCAAGGUGGACUUGAUGCAGCUGGUUGAAGAGGCCACGGAGGGCUGCUGGAUCGGACACCGCGCGAGGGUGUUCACAUCGGAGAUUGGAAGCGUAUACUCACCUCCGAAGCAAGAUGGCCAGCUCGAACCUAAGGACUCUACCUCACCGCACGUUGAGACCGUGAUAGACAUUGGGAACAGCGCAGCUGGGUGGAUAUUCCUGUGUGAGAAGGGUGGUAUCCGUCGAGUUUUGAUGAACAUAUUCGGUAAUAGUUUGAAGUUCACCACGGAUGGCUUUGUGCAUGUCAUGCUUCGCCAGUUGCCACACAGCGACGAGACCCCGAAGAACAAGGUCCGUAUAGAGUUCUCUGUCAUUGACACGGGAAAGGGAAUUAGCCAAAAUUUCUUGAAGAACCAACUGUUUCAUCCAUUUUCUCAAGAAAAUCCCCUGCAGACAGGUACCGGUCUUGGUCUCGCCAUUGUCAACAGUAUCAUUCGGUCCAGAAGUGUUGAUGGAAAGGUUGAUGUAUGGAGUGCGGAGGGUGUCGGAACUGAGAUCAAGAUUACGUUCAAUGCGGACGCCGUGGAGACCGAGAACAUGACGUUGUGGGAUGAAGAGCUCACGAAAGUGUACAACCACCUCAAGCGACCGAAGAUAUCUCUGCUCGGAUUCAGCAGCCCGCAUCGAGGUGUACAGUUGUUACAUUCUGUGAUCAUGUCUUACCUGGUGGAGGGAUGGGACUUCGAGGUCGCAGAGGACGACAGUUCCGGUCAGAUAGUCAUCGUGAACGAAGAGUUUGAACCUCUCGUUCAAGCGACCGAGAACAAGCAAGCGUCUCGACCAAUCAUCUUGCUCUCAUCAUUGCGUGGCGACCCGCGUUUGAUGCACGUCGUGGGGGAGUAUGAGCGGAUGGGCGGAUUUUGUCGCAUCGUGUAUAAACCAGUUGGUCCGAUCCGCCUGUCUUCCGCACUCAAGAUGUGCCUCCACAUCUUGAAUAUUAGCCGCGGGUCUCGGAAAUUGCCCUUAGGUCAUCCAGGCUCGUCACAAUCCCUGGCUUCUCCCUCAUCCGGAAUACCAGAUACAGUAAACAGCAUUUUGCCUCGGCGUUUUUCCGAAGAGGGCAGUAUCAAACCGCCACAUCGUCGGCCUCCUUUGGGCCCGCGGGCCGCGACUGCGCAUCCGCUGGCUGGCUCGCCCAUUGCUUCGACGCCGGAGGAAAACUACAUUGAGCCAGAACCGCCAGAUUCCCCUACCCCGACGCCUAACACUGCGAAUCCGACGAUCUCCGUGGGUCCGGGAGGCACGCUUCUGAGGUCCUCUGUCGGCACUGUUGGACCACAGGGGCCCGUACGCGUCUUGGUCAUCGAGGAUAACAGUAUUCUCCGGGGUCUGCUCAUCAAAUGGCUUAGAAACAAGGGCUAUGACUUCCGCGAAGCCGUAGACGGUUUAGAAGGGGUUAAGAUCUUCGAGUCUGAUGGACGCUUCGACGUGGUACUAGUUGACCUCUCCAUGCCAGUGCUGGACGGCGUCAGCGCAACCACUCAAAUGCGAUCGAUAGAGUUAACUCGCAACCGGACCGAAACUUCACUGUCAAUUCACGCUGAUUCGCAUUCCGCGUCAAUUUUGGCAUUGACGGGCAUGUCUUCCCUGGAAGACAAGCGCCGUGCGUUUGAGGCCGGUGUGGAUGGAUAUAAAGCCGGUGGCAUUCAGAACUUUGGACAACAUGUUCCAUAA